AUGGCGCAUUUCCCAGAGGAUCAAGAGCCUGCUGUUCGUUGGUCUAGUAAGCGCACACUAGGUUAUCUGGUGUUUCUGGGUCAUAACUCAGGAAGUGAUACAAAUGAGCACUCAUUAGACAUCCAGCAAACUCUGAUCAUUAACAGAAUCCUCUACAUUGCUGCCAGGGACAAUGUUUACACUGUUAAAAUGGACACAUCACAUAAGGGAGAAAUAUAUUUUACCAAAAAAUUGACAUGGGAAUCCAGUAAUGCCAAAGUGGGAAAAUGUGUUAUGUUUGGAAAUCCUGAGGAUGAAUGCCAUAACUUUAUUAAGGUUCUUAUAAGAAAAAACAAUGACACAUUAUUUAUUUGUGGGACAGAUGCCUAUAGUCCUUCCUGUGGGAACUAUAAGGUGGGAACUCUUGAACUCAAGGGAGAAAAAAUCAAUGGAAAUGGCAGGUGCCCUUAUAAUCCCAAGGAUAGCAACGUUGCAUUUUUUGCCGGUGGGCAUUUGUAUUCUGGCACUGUGUCAGACAUGAGGGGAAGUGAUCCGCUCAUUUACCGAAGCCUUGGAACUCCCCCAUUUCUGAGGACCGCUAAAAAAGAUUCAAAAUGGUUGAAAGAGUCUAGCUUCAUCCAUGUGGUAGAUUAUGGCAAUUAUCUGUACUUCUUCUUUCAAGAAGUAGCAGUUGAAGCCUAUCACCCUGGGGAGCUCAUUGUUUCGAGAGUAGCUCGGAUUUGCAAGAACGACAUGGGUGGAAAUAUGGCAUUUCUAGACCAACAGUGGACUUCCUUCCUAAAGGCACGACUGAAUUGCUUGGUUCCUUCUACUUUAAAUUUCUAUUUUGAUGAACUGCAGGCAGUGACAGACGUUGUCCAUAUCAAUGGUCAUGACGUGGUCUUUGCAACCUUUACCACCUCUAAACAUAGCAUCCCUGGCUCUGCUGUGUGCGCUUAUGAUAUGCUUGAGCUUGACAAGGUGUUUUCCGGGAGGUUCAAACGACAGCUAUCCCCACUGUCAAUGUGGACUCCAGUUCCUGAUAACCAGGUGCCCACACCCAGGCCUGGUUCCUGUGCUGGCUCUGAACCCCUUGAAGGGUACACAUCUUCCAAUGAUUUUCCAGAUGCCAUUCUCAAUUUUAUGAGUCAGUAUCAUCUAAUGGAUAAAGGUGUAUCAUCAACAGGAUCUCUACCAUGGUUUCUGCUGACAACGGUCAGGUACCGGCUCACAAAAAUGGCAGUUGAUGUUUCUGCCGGACCCAAAAAGGACCGGGUGGUGGUUUUCCUUGGAACACAGAUGGGAUUGCUUUUGAAGGUCAUGGAUACAUCAGGAGCGAAUGCUUUCCUAAGUAGCAGUGUUUUCCUGGAGGAGAUAAGUGUUUACAAUCCUGAAAAGUGCCAAUAUAAAGGCGAGCAUGACAAAAGAAUUGUGAGCAUGCAGUUGGACAAGCCAUCUGGUUCCCUUUAUGUCGCAUUCAGACACUGUUUAAUAAAGGUGCCACUGGGAAGGUGCAAGCUUCACGGCAAGUGUAAGAAGGCUUGCAUAGCUUCUCGAGAUCCAUACUGUGGAUGGAUGAAGAAAAGCCAGGAAUGCAAAUACCUCAGACCUGGAGAUAGGUAAGGAUUUGAGCAGGACGUUGAGCUUGGCAAUGUAAAUGGUCUUGGCGACUGUUAA